GCAUAUCUUAACAUAUGUUCAAUGCAUCAUUAAAAUUGGAUUUUAGUACUAAAUAUAAGGUGUGGGGGCAGUGCAAAACGUGGGUAUAUCCUUAACGCAAGUGUCGACAACCUGACCCCCCGCCCUGGUGGGUUCGCUGUAACUCUACGGCGGUAUUUUCUAACCUACGGAUAACUAAUCACAUUUGACGUGAUCUUUAAGCAUAUGCUGCCAUCGUAAUGGUUUUGCUAGAAAAUGAUAUGUUUUUAGUGGAGCUUACGCGGCUGUUUGACAAAUCACGGUUAUCUGGUUCUGUGACCCUUACUAUAAAAAGAUUUGAUGGGCACAACAAACCAGAACCUCGUGAAGGCAGGCCACGUUUACCAGCACCAUCAGAAUACCUCUGCUUAGUACGUGCUUCAUUGCGCUCUAAGAAAAUUGCUACAGUUAUUCAUUCCAAGGAUGUAAAUAAGUUCCAGCAAGCAUAUUGGAAUUUACUUAAAGCAAAUAUAAAUGGACUUAGGAAAUUAAAGAAAGUUAAAUCAGCGAAACCAAAGGCACAUUGACAUCCUUAGGCCAUUUGAUGAAAUACUUCUGACAUAAUUAUUGUGCGCAGGUCCCAAUCAUCUUUUAUACCAUAUACUGUAUAAUUGUCUAUAUUAUGUACAAGCGAUAUAAGGUGCAUAGGUAAUAAAACACAUUUUAUGUAGA